CAUACACAAGCACGCGUAUACUUAAAUCCUCUCUCGCGCAGGAACAAACAAUUACACAAACCCUAGCUUCUCUUCUCUUCAAAAUUUUAAACAGAGAUUAAUUUUUGCUUUGAUCACUCGUAUCAAUCGGUGAAAUUCGACACGAAGAAGGUGAAUCGGCGUCCGGUUUGUUCGAGAUCCGACCUGAUUUGAAGAUCGCGCUGCAGAGAUCGUCGCGCUUCGAACAACUUCAAUCGCUGCAAAAACUCACAAGAACGGCGCCGUACGAGCUGCACACACGGAGAAAUUGUAUGAUCAUUAAUCAAUUGAGGCCGCGAAGAAGAUUCCCUCUCUGAUCGUUGUUUCGAUAUCGGGAAGAUCGGUUUGAUUCUUAUUGUUGUAUAGAGUGAAAAAGAUAUAUUGAAUAUUUUUUGUAUUGAGAUUGUAUAUUGUAGUAACGUAGUUGGAUAUUAGGCCUGAAAUUGUAGUUUUGAAGGGCUAUUGAAAUUUUAGGGUUUGUAAUUUUGAUUGUAUUGUGAAAAAAAAAAAAGAGGAGAAAAUAAUGGAAGUUUAUUAUAAGUUCAAAAGUGCGAAGGAAUUUGAAUCUUUGUCUAUUGAUUGGCAUUAUACAACUGUUGGUGAUUUGAAACGUAAUAUAUAUUAUAACAAGUGUGCGAGCAAGCGUAGAACUCAUUAUAAAGAUGACCUUAUUAUCACCAAUGCUCAGACUCAUGAAGAGUACCUUGACGGAGAAACAUUGAUUCCAAAAAAUACAUCUGUUAUAAUACGUCGUGUUCCAUUGCCGCGAUGCAUGCCUAUUGUGAUCACUCCGGUUUCUGAUCAAGACAAGCCACUAGCUGAGAAAAAGUUGCAGGAUGUUGAAGCUUCCAAAAAUAGUUUAUCAGGAGGAGAUUUAUCUGUUUCAAUUUAUCCUGAAGAAUCUGAAUGGGAAGAAUUUUGGACUGAUAUGUCAAUGCCUGAAGUUGUACCAGUUCAGCGUGUUCCUCCUAAUAAAGCUGACGAGGACAGCAAGAUUAAGGCUUUAAUUGAUCCUCCUUCUUCGGACGCACAGUGUCAAAAUUCUGAUAGUUUUGGCGCUAGUAGAAGCUUUGAGCGUGGUAUGGGUGGUAGAAGCAUUGGGCGUGGUUUUGGUCGAGGAGUAUUAUUGGAGCGAGUAACACCUCCACCAGGCUAUGUUUGCCAUAGGUGCAAGGUGCCUGGGCAUUUUAUUCAGCAUUGUCCCACAAAUGGGGACCCUACUUUUGAUCUCAAAAGGACCAAACCUCCAACUGGCAUUCCAAAUGAGGAUGCAUUUGAAAAGGAGAUUGGAGGGAUGCCCUCGAUUCGUCCUGUUGCUGACCUCCCUGCAGAGCUUUACUGCCCUCUGUGCAGGGCAGUUAUGAAGGAUGCAGUUUUAGCUGGCAAGUGCUGCUUCAAGAGUUUUUGUGACGAGUGCAUACGAGAUUAUAUCAUAUCCAAAUCAAUUUGUGUUUGUGGGGCCACAAAUGUACUUGCUGAUCAUCUUUUACCUAAUAACACCCUGAGGGCUACCAUUGCUCGGAUUUUAGAGUCUAAUAGCAGCAGUGUGACUAACAGUGGCAGUGUUUUUCAACCUCAAGAUAUGGAUUCUGCUCGAUGUCCGCAACCUAAGAUUUCAUGUGCUAAUGUCCCGUCACUUACGUCAUCUGCAGCUUUAAAGGAGGAUGUUCUUGCACUAAAAAAUAAAGGGAAUACUGAAGUUGAGGGGAUGGCAGAACCAGUUAUUACUGACAACCAUAUACAAAAAAUAUUGGGUGAAGUGACUGUUGAAAUUGAUGCAGAAGGUUUUGAAGCUGUGCAGCAGUGUGUGAGUGAACCAGCGUCAAAGAUGUGUCCUCCAGUGACUGAUGAAGAAAUGAAGCAGAAGCAAGUUUCGGGGGAAGUAGGAAAGAAAAAUAAGAAGAGAUGUGCCGAUUUGCAGUCGAGACCCCAUCAAGACUUUGCAGCUGAAAAUUAUUCGACGCCAGUGGAACCUGUUGGUUAUAAUUCUUACUGGAAUAGCACGCUACCUGAAUUCCAUGGCUUUGUCCAUCCUUAUGGUGGUCAAAUGCCCUUUAUAGGUUAUGGGCCAGCAUCUAUUUCGUUUGGGGGUGCCUUUCAUCACAAUCCAUUUAGCGCUCAAGUGUAUAUGCCUUCCCUGACUCAGAGGGACCAUGCUAAAAUUGAAACGGAAUUCAAUGACGAUGGUGAUAGAGACACGAUAAGCCAUGACAAUGAUCACUCUGCGAAAUCAAAAUUUAAGUCCCUCACUCCACCAGGCCGGCACCAGCCCCAAUCAGAAAGACGUUCACCAGACCACAUUACCCAUGAUCCAAAACUUUUACGCUCAUCUUCCUCCUGGAAGAAGAAAUAUGAUGAUGACUAUUAUACCGAACGUUCACAUCACCGCAGGGAGAAAGAAUGUGGUUACCGCCACCAGUCACGAUCCGGGUCGGCCAGCAGACCUCCAGUCUUGGCAGACAAUUCAGACGAACCAUCACUGUCAUCCAAAUUUCUGACAAACAAAGCAAGAUCCGACUGUAAAUACAAGGCCAGUGUCUCUUCUCGCAUCACAUCCCCGAAAGAGGAGUCAGCAGACUCCAAGAAAAGAAAGCUUGAUACUUCUCCUUCUGCUGUGAUUGGGUCGAGUCAUCGCAGAAGCCACAGGAUGACAUCCAAUGGAGACCACAAGGAUCAUUGCGAAAUUGCAUCUGCUGGGAAUGACUAUGAAUCCAGUGAUGAGGAUAGACACUUUAAAAGGAGGCGUUCUAGAUAUGAGUCAUCACCUUCCCCUCCAGUGAAGGAGGGUAGACACUCUAGUCGAGGGUUGAAGGAGACAGGGGUCACUGCAGCAAGUAGAUUAUCUGUCUACUGACAUACCUAGUUGAGAGAUAUAUAUAUGUCAGCUGAGCUUGUAUUGAGUAUUUAGAAGGGGGAAAUUUUAUCUGUAAUGAAGUUUUUUGGUGAUUUAAAUACAUUUCCACUUUUUUUCUUA